UGCAAAGGUAAAGCUCGGAGAAGUUUGACAUUAGGAAUAAUAAUUAAGUUUUAUCGUAAUUCAACAAAUUUGGUUAUUAAAUGACGCUUAUUUUACCUACUUUGUUUGACUUGAAAUAAUUGAAUAUUUUGCAUUUUUACAUGAGUGGUACGAUCCGAAAUCGAGAAUAUUGUUGCCAUAAAUUACGUGCGCGUCUAUUAAUCAUUAAAAAACAAAAUGCCGUAUGCAAAUCAACCGUCUGUACAUAUAACAGAAUUAACUGAUGAUAAUGUAAAAUUUGUAGUUGAAGAUACGGAACUUAGUGUUGCGAAUAGUAUGCGUCGUGUUUUUAUAGCUGAAACACCCACCAUGGCUAUUGAUUGGGUACAAUUAGAAGCGAACUCCACAGUUCUUAGCGAUGAAUUUCUUGCACAUCGUAUAGGGCUUAUACCUCUUAUAUCGGACGACGUUGUUGACAAAAUUCGAUACUCCAGAGAUUGUAUGUGCGCCGAUUUCUGUACGGAGUGUAGUGUUGAAUUUACUUUGGAUGUUAAAUGCACUGGCGAUCAAACAAGACAUGUUACUACCGCUGAUUUAAAAUCAAGUGAUCCUAGAGUAGUCCCUGUUACUUCACGUCAUAGGGACGAGGACCAAGCAGAUUAUGGAGAGCUUGAUGAAAUUUUAAUUAUUAAAUUACGAAAAGGCCAAGAGUUAAAAUUACGCGCUUAUGCCAAAAAAGGUUUUGGUAAAGAACAUGCAAAAUGGAAUCCAACUGCUGGAGUUUCCUUCGAAUAUGACCCUGAUAAUGUCAUGAGACAUACUUUAUAUCCAAGACCAGAUGAAUGGCCAAAGAGUGAGCACACAGAGCUUGACGAAGACCAAUAUGAAGCUGAAUUCAACUGGGAGGCUAAGCCCAAUAAGUUCUUUUAUAAUGUGGAAUCUUCAGGUGCAUUAAAACCAGAAAAUAUAGUUCUCAUGGGUAUUGUAGUAUUAAAAAAUAAACUUUUGAAUUUACAAGUUCAAUUGGCACAAGAAACACAAAAUGAUGCCUUAGCAAUUAACUAGUUAUAAAUAUAUAAUAAAUGUAAGAAAAUUUUGAAUAAUUA